UGGAUGUUACUUGGAUCUGUAAGAUACUACCAAAGAUGAACAAUGCAGAAGAUAAUAAAAUAUUCCAGGACAUUCUGACAUAUACAGAUUUCCAUACCAGUAUGGAUACUUUGAACAGUGAGCCAAUAAAGAGGGCUAUUCCUUGGCCUUGCUGGGGAAGAGGUUUACGUUGUCCUACCAAAGAAGAAUUUAUGUCACAGUGGACCCAUUUAAUACCAGAGCCAGGACAGGUAACUAGGAGAGGAAGAGGUCGAGGAAGAGUAAUGGCUGCGAUGAAUUUAGAUAAUUUUAAUAAUACUCCAUGUUUAAAUACAUCAGAUGACAGUGGAUCAGAUAAUGACAUCUUGAGAAGUAUUAAUAAUGAGCUCAAUUAUUUGAAAGAAAAAAGGUACAAGUAUACUAAGCAUGAUUCAGCAGGGAGUAGAAACUCUCCACGAGCAGAAACAGUAGGGACAAGGUCAGAUGGCUACGUAGAUUAUCAUAUGGACCCGUCACGUUUCUCAGUUAUUGAUAUGAAUCCACCUUUAAAUGAUGCAAGUAAAACAAGUGAUAAAGAUACAUCCUCUAGCUCUCCAUCAAUUUCAUUCCAGCCUAACAUCAAAGGAGUACAACCAUUUAAUGAAAGUAAUGAGGAAAUCUGUUCUGCAAGUAUUGUAAAGUAUCCAUCAGACAACCAAACUCACAUGAACAGUACCAGCACAAAAAAAUCAAACACCAGAACAUCAGAUGUAUUUGUUCCUCUUCCAGCUCACUUAAGGGAUAGAAGAAACAUUGCUUGGGAACUUGAAAGUGAUUUCCCUCUUUUAACUUCAGAUAAGCCAUCAGUGAAAGUCACGAAAAAUGAGCCAAGCAGUCUUGUGUCGGUAGCUAAGUCUCUGUUGUCAGAAGUACCCGUUGCAUUAAAUGCUGACAGUAGUAUUGGCACUUUUAACUUCCCAAAGCCACACAAUGCAUCAGACAUCCAGAAGUCACAUAGAGAUAAGCAUGGAUAUAGUGCAAACAGUAGAACACUAGUCAUUGAAAAUCUUCCAUCUAACCUAGAUGAAGCUGGCUUGAAAGAUUUCCUUGUUACCUUUGGCAGAAUUGAAGAUCUGACCUUACAUAGGAUUGGCAACACGGCAAGUGUUGCAUAUGUUUUAAUGUCACCAGAAGCAGACAUGCAGUGGAUCAUUGAGUGUCUAAAUGGAAGUUCCCCUUUUGGAGAUUUCUCUGAUGGGGAGAUCGUGUGUCGAAUGGCUGAUGCCAGGGAAAGUGAAAACGACAGAUAUAGUAAGUCUUCGAAAGAAUCUCUUUCAUAGAUGUUUCGAGCUCAAGUCUCUUUUCUUUCAAGUCAAAACAACUUACUGGCAAAGGAUUUUAGUGUGUGAAUAAAAUGAGAUUAUUUGAAACAUGUGUAGGUAUACACUCACUAGUUUUAUAAAAGUUAUUCAUUAAACUUCUAUUUUGUUCUUUAUAUUGUCUUAACAAAACUGUACAGAUAUAUAUAAUUACAGUACACACACACUGGUUGUGUUGAUAGAAGUUGAGAUAUCUUAAAAUUUGAAGUGUUUUAAGGUAGUAAUGACUUGAAACACAAUUUUUGAAUUUUGAGAGAGAGUGAUCUUCUUUAAACGUUUAUGUCUUCUAACAUCAUUGCAAUAAAAGUAACAGAUUAUAUAGUAUACAAAACCUUAAAUGAAUCAUAUUGUAAUAAUAAGAGUUAAUUAUAAAGCUAUAAUUAGACUAGCAAGAUAAUCUGAGUGGUUGAGAUGUCAGAAUUAUAUAGAUGUUUGUAGGUUAUAUUAAAACUUAGGAAGUCGUACAGUGAAAAUGUUGAAGUUUUCUAUAAUUUCUUACUAUAUCUCAUUAUACUGGAAUGUAUGUUGAUGUAGAAAUGUUUGAUUAGAGUUGAGCAUUCCAAUUCUAUUCUGGAAACUUAGUUUAUAAGAAGAUGUGAUGUUUGUCCAAUGAGCCAACAUAACUCAAUGAAUUUGAUGUUCCUAAAACAGAGAUGUUAAAAGAAAAUCCAAUGUUUAACAAUAAUUAUUUAAAAAUGAGACUGUCCCUAGUCUCAAAAUACAAUUACUCAUUGAUGUACUAUAUUUAACAAUAAAGAUAAAACUGGGAACAGUCUUAUAUAGUUGACAUUUUUUAAUAAUCUUACUCCUGUUGAUGACAGUGUAAGACAUCGAGUGUAUGAAACUGUUCCCAGUUUUAUCUUUAUACUGUUAAAUUAUUCAGUAAUUGUUUUAUUAUAUUUUGAGAGUAGGGACAGUCUCAUUUUUAAAUAUUUUUGCAUACCACUAAAUGCUAGUUAUGCUUUUAUUUUCUGUGUCAUUUAAAAUGUACAUGUCGUUUUAACCUAUGUUAAUGUUCCCUUAUAGCCUUAACAAUUUGUACUAUUAAUAUGAGAAAUGUUUGGGGACUUAAGUAAAAACUUGGAUCUUACUUACCUAAUAAUAGUUCAGUGAAUGUUUUAUAGAGAAAAUAUUUUUUUUUUUUACAUUAAAUAAACUUAGGAAAGACUAGCUGGUUUAACAUGUAGAGGUGACAGAUAAUUCUUUUUUUUCAACUUCUUGUUAUUGUCUUUACACCCUGAGUUGCUUAAUAUUCUAGUGUUUUUUCAUCAUAGAAUUAUUGCUACACUGAUAGUGAUGUGGCCUGAAAAAAGACAUACCUUUUACCUAUAGAUUUUUAUUAAUAUUUUUCAAAAAUAUAUUUAUUUUCAUGAAAUUAUAUUUAUAUAUAUUAUUUCCAUAUUUUUUCUUGAUAGGACUAAAUGUAGAUAUGCUUUAUAGUUUAUUGUAGUUAUUUUCAGGCUCUUUGAUUUAAACAACAUUAAUAACAUGUAUUUCAAUCAAAUGUAAAUAAACACUUUAAAUAGUGUUUUACUUGUGAAA